UAGCGAGAACGAGGAAGCAGCUGGAGGUGACGCCGGGCAGAUUACGCCUGUCAGGGCCGAGUCGAGCGGAUCGCUAGGCGCUGUGCAGAGGAAAGGCAGGAGUGCCCGGCUCGCUGUCGCCGAGCCGAGCUUGUUUCUGCGCCGGACCAGUCGAGGACCCCGGACAGUAGAGGCCCCGGGACGACCGAGCUGAUGGCGUCUUCGACCCCAUCUUCGUCCGCAACCUCCUCGAACGCGGGAGCGGACCCCAAUACCACUAACCUGCGCCCCACAACGUACGAUACCUGGUGCGGCGUGGCCCAUGGAUGCACCAGAAAACUGGGGCUCAAGAUCUGCGGCUUCUUGCAAAGGACCAACAGCCUGGAAGAGAAGAGUCGCCUUGUGAGUGCCUUCAAGGAGAGGCAGUCCUCCAAGAACCUGCUUUCCUGUGAAAACAGCGACCGGGAUGCCCGCUUCCGGCGCACAGAGACAGACUUCUCCAAUCUGUUUGCUAGAGAUCUGCUUCCGGCUAAGAACGGGGAAGAGCAAACCGUGCAAUUCCUCCUGGAAGUGGUGGACAUACUCCUCAACUAUGUCCGCAAGACAUUUGAUCGCUCCACCAAGGUGCUGGACUUCCAUCACCCACACCAGUUGCUGGAAGGCAUGGAGGGCUUCAACUUGGAGCUCUCUGACCACCCCGAGUCCCUGGAGCAGAUCCUGGUUGACUGCAGAGACACCUUGAAGUAUGGAGUUCGCACAGGUCAUCCUCGAUUUUUCAACCAGCUCUCCACUGGAUUGGAUAUUAUUGGCCUAGCUGGAGAAUGGCUGACAUCAACGGCCAAUACCAACAUGUUUACAUAUGAAAUUGCACCAGUGUUUGUCCUCAUGGAACAAAUAACACUUAAGAAGAUGAGAGAGAUAGUUGGAUGGUCAAGUAAAGAUGGUGAUGGGAUAUUUUCUCCUGGGGGCGCCAUAUCCAACAUGUACAGCAUCAUGGCUGCUCGCUACAAGUACUUCCCGGAAGUUAAGACAAAGGGCAUGGCGGCUGUGCCCAAACUGGUCCUCUUCACCUCAGAACACAGUCACUAUUCCAUAAAGAAAGCUGGGGCUGCACUUGGCUUUGGAACUGACAAUGUGAUUUUGAUAAAGUGCAAUGAAAGGGGGAAAAUAAUUCCAGCUGAUUUUGAGGCAAAAAUUCUUGAAGCCAAACAGAAGGGAUAUGUUCCCUUUUAUGUCAAUGCAACUGCUGGCACGACUGUUUAUGGAGCUUUUGAUCCGAUACAAGAGAUUGCAGAUAUAUGUGAGAAAUAUAACCUUUGGCUUCAUGUCGAUGCUGCCUGGGGAGGUGGGCUGCUUAUGUCCCGGAAGCACCGCCAUAAACUCAAUGGCAUAGAAAGGGCCAACUCAGUCACCUGGAACCCUCACAAGAUGAUGGGCGUGCUGUUGCAGUGCUCUGCCAUUCUCGUCAAGGAAAAGGGUAUACUCCAAGGAUGCAACCAGAUGUGUGCAGGAUACCUCUUCCAGCCAGACAAGCAGUAUGAUGUCUCCUAUGACACCGGGGACAAGGCAAUUCAGUGUGGCCGCCACGUGGAUAUCUUCAAGUUCUGGCUGAUGUGGAAAGCAAAGGGCACAGUGGGAUUUGAAAACCAGAUCAACAAAUGCCUGGAACUGGCUGAAUACCUCUAUGCCAAGAUUAAAAACAGAGAAGAAUUUGAGAUGGUUUUCAAUGGCGAGCCUGAGCACACAAACGUCUGUUUUUGGUAUAUUCCACAAAGCCUCAGGGGUGUGCCAGACAGCCCUCAACGACGGGAAAAGCUACACAAGGUGGCUCCAAAAAUCAAAGCCCUGAUGAUGGAGUCAGGCACGACCAUGGUUGGCUACCAGCCCCAGGGGGACAAGGCCAACUUCUUCCGGAUGGUCAUCUCCAACCCAGCCGCUACCCAGUCCGACAUUGACUUCCUCAUUGAGGAGAUAGAAAGACUGGGCCAGGAUCUGUAAUCAUCCUUUGCAGAACAUGAGUUUAUGGGAAUGCCUUUUCCCUCUGGCACUGCAGAACAAACCUCUAUAUGUUGCUGAAACACACAGGCCAUUUCAUUGAGGGAAAACAUAAUAUCUUGAAGAAUAUUGUUAAAACCUUACUUAAAGCUUGUUUGUUAUAGUUAGCAGGAAAUAGUGUUCUUUUUAAAAAGUUGCACAUUAGGAACAGAGUAUAUAUGUACAGUUAUACAUACCUCUCUCUAUAUAUACAUGUAUAGUGAGUGUGGCUUAGUAAUAGAUCACAGCAUGUUUCCCGCUCCAAGAGAAUUCACUUUACCUUCAGCAGUUACCGAGGAGCUAAACAUGCUGCCAACCAGCUUGUCCAACAACUCCAGGAAAGCUGUUUUUCAAAACGCCAUGUCCUAGGGGCCAAGGGAAAUGCUGUUGGUGAGAAUCGACCUCACUGUCAGCGUUUCUCCACCUGAAGUGAUGAUGGAUGAGAAAAAACACCACCAAAUGACAAGUCACACCCUCCCCAUUAGUAUCCUGUUAGGGGAAAAUAGUAGCAGAGUCAUUGUUACAGGUGUACUAUGGCUGUAUUUUUAGAGAUUAAUUUGUGUAGAUUGUGUAAAUUCCUGUUAUCUUCUGACCUUGGUGGUGGGAGGGGGAGACUAUGUGUCAUGAUUUCAAUGAUUGUUUAAUUGUAGGUCAAUGAAAUAUUUGCUUAUUUAUAUUCAGAGAUGUACCACGUUAAAGAGGCGUCUUGUAUUUUCUUCCCAUUUGUAAUGUAUCUUAUUUAUAUAUGAAGUAAGUUCUGAAAACUGUUUAUGGUAUUUUUGUGCAUUUGUGAGCCAAAGAGAAAAGAUUAAAAUUAGUGAGACUUGUAUUUAUAUUAGAGUGCCCUUAAAAUAAUGAUUUAAGCAUUUUACUGUCUGUAAGAGAAUUCUAAGAUUGUACAUAGAGUCAUAUAUAUGGAAAUCCUGUUACUUAAAUAGCAUCUGCUCUUCUCUUACCCUCUCUGUCUGGCUGUACGUCUGGUGUUCUCAAUGCUUUCUAGUAACUGUUGGAUAAUAACUAGAUCUCCUGUAAUUUUGUAGUAGUUGAUGACCAAUCUCUGUGACUCUCUUAGCUGAAACCUAAGGCAACAUUUCCGAAGACCUUCUGAAGAUCUCAGAUAAAGUGACCAGGCUCACAACUGUUUUUGAAGAAGGGAAAUUCACACUGUGCGUUUUAGAGUAUGCAAGAAGAACAUAAAUAAAUAAAAAUAUUCUCCAUGGAGAAUUUGAACAAAAUUUUCUUCUAGUUUGUGUUUCAUACAGAGACGUUUCUAAUUAGAGUUCCUUGGGUUGCCCAUAGCCCAUUUGCUUUCUGGGCAUGGUGGUGCACGUCUGUAAUCCUAGCACUUUGGGAGGCUGAGGCAGGCAGAUAACUUGAGCUCAGGAGUUCAAGACCAGCCUGCGCAACAGGGCGAAACCCUGUCUCUGCAAAAAAUAUAAAAAUUAGCCAGCUGUAGUGAUGUGCACCUGUGGUCCCAGCCACUUGGGAACCUGAGGUGCAAGGAUCACUUGAGCCUAGGAGAUCGAGGCUGCAGUGAGCUGAAAUCGUGCCACUGCACUCCAGCCUGGGUGACAGAUUGAGACCCUGUCUCAAUCAAUCAAUCAAAUCAUUAUGAUUAUAAUUAAUUAAAUGUGCAGUUCCAGCCUUGAGAAAGAAAAGCCAUCCCUGUUUCUCCUUUUCCUACUUGCAUCUUGGAGUUACAUUCAUUCAGUCAUUCAACAAAAGAUAAGUAUUCCUUCUAGUGGGCAUCUUACAUCACUUGGUGUCUCUGCUAACUGAAUGCCUGUAAGAUCACAGAAGCAUAGCUUCCUGCUGCUUUAUGCUUGUAGAGUGGUCCCCAUUCACUUCCUAGGGAAAUAUAUGUUGGUGCUGGAUCAUUAGGACAUAGGAUUCAUUUUCUACAAUAUUCUUUGUGUGUGUGUGUGUGUGUGUGUGUGUGAGUGUGUGUGUGUGUGAGAGAGAGAGAGAGACAGAGUCUCACUCUGUCACCAGGCUGGAGUGCAGCGGCGCCACCUCAGCUCACUGCAACCUCUGCCUCCCUGGUUCAAGCGAUUCUCCUGCCUCAGUCUCCUGAGUAGCUGGGAUUACAGGCAUGCACCACCACACCCAGCUAGUUUUUGUAUUUUUAGUAGAGCCAGGAUUUCCCCAUGUUGGCCAGGAUGGUCUCGAUCUCUUGACCUUGUGAUCUGCCCGCCUCGGCCUCCCAAAGUGCUGGGAUUACAGGCAUGAGCCACUGUGCCCGGCCCAUUUUCUACAAUAUUUUAUUCAGCUAUAUUAAUACAAUCUCACUCAUUUGGAAUACAAGAAGCUCCCUAUUUAGCACAGGUAGGGAAUACAGAAGAGUCCUUUGUAAUUAGCACACUGAUUGCAUGUAACCAUCGUAUUAAACGACUCUAUAGGGAGUGAUCAUAAAGCCACUUAUUCUUUCUCUCACUGUUUCUUUAAAACCCCUCUGGGGGCUGAUUUUUUCCAUGCCCCCAUUUGAAUUUAGGCCAAUCUCAUAGCUUUUCUGGCCUCUCGGGUGCACGAACAGUCUCAUUUUUGUAACUGAGGGUCCAGGUUGAUGUAAUAAGCAAAGUUUCAAUUUUUAUACGAUAUAGAGUUUCUCCCCCCUCCCCCUGAUCUGGCACUGCUUCAGCUGCAAGCCUACAGUGGCAGGGAGGGCAAGGCUGAUGGUGGGUGAGGUCACCUUUUUUCUUCAUCUUUCAGCUUAUCUCCCUAGCUCCUGUGCUUCCUCAUUCAGGGUCAGGCCUAGCGGGAGAAAGGGAUAAAGAGACAAAGGUAAAAUUUUACAUGGCUAUUAAAUUGUCAUUGGGCAUCAAGUUCCCUGGAAUAUGAGUUUUUGGUUUUUGGGGUUUUUUUUUUUUUUGA